AUGACUUGUAUCGUUGGAGAGUUGAUCGUGAAGGCAGUUUCUGCUUCUAAGGAGAGAAACGGAGUCUCUUUGGCUGCUUUGAAGAAGGCUUUGGUCGCCGGUGGCUAUGACGUAGAGAAGAACAACUCACGUGUGAAGGUAGCGGUUAGGAGUCUGGUGACCAAGGGUACCUUGCUUCAGACUAAAGGAACCGGUGCCUCUGGCUCAUUUAAACUCAACAAAACCCAGCCUGCUGCAAAGAAGCCCGCCAAGAAAGCGGCUCCUAAAGCUAAGAAGCCAGCUGUGGCCAAGAAGGCAGUAGCGAAGAAGCCUGCGGCCAAAAAGUCGCCAAAGAAGAAGCCUGCUGCAGCCAAGGCGAAGAAGAGCCCUAAGAAACCCAAGAAGCCGACAGCAGUGGCUAAAAAGGCGGUUAAGAGUCCGAAAAAAACCAAGAAGCCGGCAGCAGCAGCAAAGAAGGCGACCAAGAGCCCUAAGAAGGCAAAGGCGGCCAAGCCAAAAGUUGCCAAACCCAAGAGCGUCAAAGCGAAGAAAGCGGCUCCCAAGAAGAAGUGAGCGCGUACACUAAGCUAAUUUCACAAGCAUCAAAGGCUCUUUUAAGAGCCACCCACAA